AUGAAACAUUCACACCUUUACGAGCUCCAACCCGAUCCAUACGACUGCACGCAACGAAAAACGUGCAGAGUUUGUCUAUUCAAAGAUGUAAAAAAUGCGGCGGAACUCUCUCAACAACUGAAAGACGGAAAAAUUGAUGCGGCGUUGAUUCGUGCCGAACUAGUACUCGAACCAUUCGUACUUCUUGCUGCCGCAAACCGUGCCGUUCAUCAAUCAGCUCAUAACCGAAUGAGUUGCAGGAGUCUGUCGGCGGAGCUCGUCUAUUCUCUCUCGCCAAGUAGAAAUAUCAGCGACUCAUUGGUAACUUUCGGAAUUGCCGAGCAUUCAACAGCCCUUAUUGCUGCCAUCUUCGACGACAAAUCUGGAAGCGAGAUGAAGAAAUUGGCGAAGAAAAUCAAAGGAACUCCUGAACCCCUUAUGACCGGACUACCAAAGUUGGCUAAUGUCAGUGUAAUAAAGAAGAUCUAUCAAGUCGGAAACCCAGCCUUCGCCGAGGAAGGUCUCUCCGAUCACAUCGUUUCGAGAAUGGUUUCCAAGGAUUUCGUUUCUUAA